ACCAACCAAACUCACUCUCUCUCUCUCUCUCUCUCUCUCUCUCUAGAAUGGCUUUUGGAGCUUCACUCUCCAAUGCAACAUCUCUGCAACUCUCAUCUUCUCUCUAUGGAGAAGCCUUGUUGUCGUCCUCAUCUUCUACUCUUCUCAUGGGUUCGCCAUUGAAUUUGUCAUCUUCUUCUCUCUCUGGACAAAAAUCCCAUCUUCCAAAGCGUUUUGUUCUUAUAUCGAAGAGGGUUUCGGGUUUGGAGGAGGCCAUGAGAAUUAGGAGAGAACGUGAACUUCGAACUUCAACAACUGCUAAAAGAAGGCCACCUUUGAGGCGUGGAAAGGUUUCCCAACGUCUUCCGGUACCUGAUCACAUACCAAAGCCUCCUUAUUUAGGUUCUAAUUUGUUACCAGAACUCUCCAGUGAACAUCAAAUUCAUGAUUCCGAAGGCAUUGCUCGUAUGAGGGCUGCAUGUGAGCUUGCUGCUCGGGUCUUGGAUUAUGCAGGAACAUUGAUUAGGCCAUCAGUAACAACAAAUGAAAUUGAUAAAGCUGUGCACCAAAUGAUUAUUGAUGCCGGUGCUUAUCCUUCACCUCUUGGCUACGGGGGUUUUCCAAAGAGUGUGUGCACAUCAGUUAAUGAGUGCAUGUGUCACGGAAUACCUGAUUCUCGCCAACUACAGGAUGGUGACAUAAUUAACAUUGAUGUGACGGUCUACUUAAAUGGUUAUCAUGGAGACACAUCUAAGACUUUUCUUUGUGGAAAUGUUAGUGACUCAAUGAAACGGCUUGUCAAGGUAACUGAAGAGUGCUUGCAGAAAGGGAUUGCUGUUUGCAAAGAUGGUGCUUUGUUUAGGAAAAUUGGAAAAAGGAUUAGUGAACAUGCUGAAAAAUUUGGUUAUGGUGUGGUCGAUCGUUUUGUUGGGCAUGGUGUUGGGACUGUAUUUCAUUCUGAACCAGUUAUAUAUCAUCACCGAAACGACAAGUCUGGUUGCAUGGUUGAAGGUCAAACAUUUACCAUCGAACCAAUUCUUACAUUGGGCAGCAUAGAAUGUGUAACAUGGGAAGAUAACUGGACUACUCUUACAGCUGAUGGAAGCCCUGCUGCCCAGUUUGAGCAUACGAUUUUGAUUACCAGAACUGGUGCUGAAAUUUUGACGAAAUAUUGAAACAAUUCAUAAGAUUUUUUUAUUUUUGUAAUUGUGUAUAUGACGGAGAAUAGAGGAAGUCUCAUUUUUCUUUAUUUAGAAAUGGAAUUUUUAUGUUGUUCUAAGGCC